UUUCUAAAAUAAUUUUGCAAUUUGCUAUCUGCACAUUUUGAAUAUUUGAUAUUUUGAUACCGGUUUUCACUCUUUAUCGACUAUCGAGAUUUGACGAUUUCAAUUGAGUUAGUGUAUCUAAUUAAUAAUAAUUAAUAAUUACCGAAAAUUAAAUAGUAAAAUUCAUUAUUGAAUACCUAGGUAUUAUAUUUUGAUAUUCAAACGAAUAAUUUUAAAAGAACGGUCUAAUUACUGUUAACCAUUUAUGUACCUUAAGUAAAACAUGUCAAAAGUAUUUGAAAAGAAAACUCCGUGUCAAAAUUCUAUUUGGGAUAUAUUAAAAAAAGCUACCACAAAAAAUUCAGAAUGGCCUGAUAAAGAUGAAUUUCUGGAUGUGAUUUAUUGGGCUAGGCAAAUCAUUGGACUCAUUGCUGGACUAUUAUGGGGUCUAUUACCACUAAAAGGUCUAUUUGGAUUAGGAUUAUUUUUAGUGCUCAAUGCUGUUAUAUUAUAUGCAUAUUUUACUAAUUUUCAACAAAUUGAUGAAGAAGAAUUUGGUGGAGCUUGGGAGUUAACAAAAGAAGGAUUUGUUACUUCAUUAGCAGGAUUUUUGGUAAUGUGGAUAAUUGUGUAUUCUGGAAUGCACUUUGAUUAAAUACAAAAAAAGUUCUACAGUAAAAAAUUUUAUGUAAUUUUUUUAUUACAAUUAAUUAAAUUAUAAUUUUUUGUACAAAAUAA